GCCAGGAUACACACCAAGCAAGUGUUCACUUUAGCUUGUGUUGGUUAGCAGGUGUAGUUUGCUAGCAGCUAGGCUAGCUUUAGACACUGCCAGCACAUCAGUGGCUAUGGCUUUUGAGAUUUGCCUUGGUGUUGCUUUACUCCUGUCUGUGUGGUCAGCUGCAACAUGUGCUGGCAUUCCUGAUGGAGUUAUUCAUAUGGAGUGUCAUGAUCGCCACUUCAUGGCAGCUGUUGAUCUCUCCUUCACUGGAGAGGAACCUCGCUUUGAGGCUGUUGAUGGGACAGGCGUGCACGCCAUCACUGAGCAGUAUGCAGCUCAGUGUGGCUACACUGUCAGUGUUCUCCCUCUAGCCGGCCAUGUGGAGCUCCGAGCCUCUUACUUCAGCUGUCACACUGACAACACAAAUGACGAAGAGUUCACUUUUAACUUCAACCUGAUUGUGACACAUGAAGGAAAGGAGGUCCCCUAUUCCAUGCACAAGACCUGUUCUCCCUCUCUCCCCUGGUCUCCCAGAGAGGUUACCUGUGAGAGCAAUUACAUGGAAGUGUCUGUGAGGAGUGAACUCACCUGUCCCUCUGGAACAAAGAAAGAUGACUGGAAUGCCCUCAAACCUGCACAUAGCUCCACCACUUCAGACUGGCAGGUGAUGUUUCAGAGAAAUGAGGAGCAGCUGCCGCCCAUGAACAUCUCUGACGCUAGAAAGCAGGGUUAUGCAUUUGACUUAACUGAUGGAAGGCUGGUAUUUCGUGCACCAUAUGGACAACCUGACUCAUUCAGCACUGAGGUGAAUGGUGUUCCAGUAGAGGUGGUCCAUGCAACUCUGUUCUCCAGACAAAGCUGGAUCGUCCUCAUGGUCGACCUGGAGGCUGCUUGCUCCAUGCAUGAAGGGUCAUAUGAUGACAGUGGCUACAUGAUGUGGAAAACUCCAGAUGUUCUGUCCGCGACUCCAGACACCACACAGCUCAACCUUGGUCUCAAUGGUGAACUUGUGGGGCAGCCAGUUGCAGAGGAGAGAGGCUACAUUGUGGAGAAGCACAACGCCACAGUCCAGAUCAGCAUCCCCUAUAAUGCUGAUGGAGGAUACAGGAAGAGCUUGGUGUCUGGCGACCUCUACGAAUUCUACAUCUAUCAUCUCGAUUUGGAGCAAAUCUCAGUGGAUGAGGAUCAAGUAGAGACCAGGCUCCGAUUUCACAGGAUGCUGGCUACUCCUCUGCUACCACGCCCUGUUUUCACUGAAAACAGAACAGUUCUUGAGGAGCACACCUUCGUGGUCUACCUUGGAGACGUCCCUGAAGACGUUGAGUUGGCUUCUGUUAAUUUGAAUGGACAAGAAUUCACAGUUCCACUUACAAACACAAGCAGUCACACCAUCACAAAGGUUGUUCAUCCCAACAGCACUCAUGGCUACACUCUGAAGGUGCCUUUUGAUGACCCUGUCGUUGAAGAGAAGUUCUCUAAAGAAGAUGCAGUUCUUCAGUAUAAGCUGGACAUCAACUACACGCUGACAGUUCUGCCUGACAAUGAGUCUUACUAUCACCCGGCAUCUAUCGUGGCAUUGUUUGCCAACAUCUCUCCUCCAGCUUUUGACGCUGUCUGUUCUGAGUCCGGCAUCAGCUUCAGACUGGACCACCGGCCUUUUGACUACCUGUGGGUGAUCAGUAUCGACUCAGACCCACUGACGAAAGAGCUGGCAGUCCAGCACGGCUACACCAUGAGCAAUGACAGCCAGAGUCUGCUGCUUGACGUGCCGCUCUUCACUCAUGGCUACGAGUACAAGGACAUGAGUUUGAAGGGUUUCUCUGGCACCUUCGAGAUCCUCAUGCGGGAUCAUGAAACAUCAGAGGUUCAGGGUUCAACUGUCAAGACUUGCCCGUUCUCCAAUACUGAAUUCAUUAUGUGUUCGACUGACGGGAGGAUGACUGUGGCGGCUGACUUGUCUCUGGCUAUCCCAAGUGGAGGAGUUCCUGCGAGAGCCAACCUCCGAGACAAAUACUGUGGACCCAAAGAGACGGAUGGCACCAGGGCUCUCUUCUCUUUUCCACUCAACGGCUGUGGAUCCAUCGUCAUGCUCGACAAGGAAAAUGUGACCUAUCAUAACGAGAUUGUCUACAGCAGGAAAUCCCUCAAUAUGAACAAGGGAGCUUCUGAUAAUGCCACUGAGAGGGUGAUAAUACAGUGCACAUAUCCUCUGGCUGGCCUCCAUCGCCUCUUCUCAGUGUACAGGUUUGAGUCUGACACAGAUGGUGUCGGCAGCAUCAUCCACACUACAAAGCCCACAGCAGGGCUGCUGAUUCCUGCCAGCAGGCCCUCUGCACCACUGAAAACUACACCUUCUACUACCAGCAGGCCAGCUAGACUACCUGCCGUCCACCCCCCUGCCCGCUAUAUCAAAGUUUCUAGGUUCAGAAAUCUCUUCAGUAGCAUGAGAAAAGGAGCAAAAGGAUCCUCACAAACUAAAGUAAAUCCUAGCGAAAUUUGAAGGAAGUCCUAAUAUUUUAAAUGGAAAAUUUGGAAUUUAAUAAAGUUAUUGUUCUUAGA